AUGUCCUCCUCUUCCCCAGAGACUGCGCCUAUUCCCUCCCCUCGCACUUCCUUCCCGACCUACCACACCCGUCUUCUUAGCUCCAUCGCCCUCGCGUCGCGCGCCGCUUCCUCUUUGCCGCAGGAUGUCGACUUUCACCGUUCUCUGGAUCGCAAGUUCGCACGGGAAGUCGAUCGGGUCUCUGAAAGAGUCCUCGCAUUAGUUGGGGAGUUGAUAAGGUUCGUUGACAUCAAAGAGGCAGAGGCAGAGGGCAGCACUGGGAUAGACGCCGGAAAGGCAAAGGGGAAAGGACGGACCAGCAACCUCAGACUCUUGAACCGUGAAGACGUAGAAGACAACUUUGAAGAUGUGGUAGACGUCACGGAUGGGUUACUUGAGCGGGCAGAUAUUGCCUUGGAUCAGCUUAUGGGGAGAUCAAAAGCACCUAUGGUGGUAGUGAAGGCGCCUGAGAGCAGAGUAAAAAAGCCCAAAUUGCGCGAUCCCGUCAUAUCUUCUACAGGAAAACUGGAUCCCUCGAUCCUCAACGCCCGGAUUCCCAAACCGCAACUUUCCUUCGCCCACCCGCCCAACAACUUCCCACCAGCCUCCUGGCGCCCUCAUCUCCAGUCUAAGCCGCAUGCUCUUGUCCCACUUGGCUGGAGUGCCCAGACCCCGGAGGAAAGAGAGCUGUUGGAGCGUGUUAAGGACACGGUUGGCCCAUAUGCGUACGAGAUACUGCGCGCUCAGCCCCCCUCCAACGCCCUGGUCACCUCCGUUCCGCAAGUACCGAAGUCUUUCGAGGACACACCCUUCGAAUGGGUCGGCACUCCUGACCGGCUUGCACAAAUGCUCGAGAAGCUCAAGGCUGCUAAAGAAAUCGCGGUCGAUUUGGAACACCAUGAUUACAGGAGCUAUCGAGGCAUCGUUUGCUUGAUGCAGCUUAGCACACGGGAAGCGGAUUGGGUAGUGGAUACAUUAGCGCUGAGAGAAGAGCUAGAGGUGCUUAAUGAGGUAUUUGCAGAUUCGAACAUCGUCAAGGUCUUCCACGGAGCGACCAUGGACAUCAACUGGUUACAACGAGACUUCAACCUGUAUAUCGUCAACCUCUUCGACACGUACUACGCGUCCAAAGCCCUGAAUUUCCCUGCCUUCAGUCUCGCUUUUCUACUCGAUUUAUACUGCGAGUUCAAAGCAGACAAACGCUUCCAACUGGCGGACUGGCGCAUCCGACCCCUGCCACAGGAGAUGAUGGACUACGCUCGGUCUGACACGCAUUUCCUAUUAUACGUGUACGACCAGGUGCGGAAUGACCUCCUCAAGCGCGUUGAGGGAGGACCAGAUCUAGUGGAGAAGGUGUUUGACCUGAGCAAGGAUACUGCGCUCCAAGUCUGGGAACCGGAACGGUACGACCCGGCUGGCAAUGGCCCCGGUGGUUGGCAAAACCUGACAAGAAAGUGGAACAAGCAUUUCAUGGGAUCGAAGUUGGCGGUGUUCAAGGCUGUCUAUGCCUGGCGAGAUCGUGUCGCUCGGGAGGAAGACGAAGGCUUGCGCUAUGUCCUCACGAAUCCGCAGAUGUUUGCACUCGCAGAGAACUGUCCCCGGGACAUGAAAGGCACGGUGAAGUGUUUAGUGGGAGCAACGGUUCUUGCCAUGUCGAGAGUGGAAGAACUUGCAGAACUGAUCAGG